GUGUACAUUCGCUGGGAGGAACAAUAGAAAGGCCACUACCCCGCACAGCGUGCCGUGCUUACGUUCUGCCUCGGUCUGUUUGAUGCUUGAGCCUCGCGUUCCGGGUGUAGCGGUUGGUGUGGUGUAGCGUUCCGUUUGCUGGUGGCGGCUGCAUGAAUACGAACGCCAACAUGCAUCUCUCGAGCGAUGUGUCGAACGCGCUGAAGCAGAUCGAGCUAAUCAAGCAGACGGUCGAGGAGAUGGAGCCGAACAAGCUUCAGCUCAACGUUAGCGACGACCUGAAGCUGGUGAUCGAUCUGCUGCAGGAUCCGGUGUUUCGGAACAUUGUCCAAAUCCAGGACUCACUGUCCGAACUGAACCACCAGAUUACGCAGCAUCCCUCGAUUCUGCCGGGAGAUUUCGACAUCGCGAACAGUGGUGAUCUGGUGUUGAACGUACCGCCCGGGACGGACCUCUUCGAGGCGGACUACCAGGACGAGCAACGCGUCCCAUCGGCGCAGAUAUCGCCCGGAAGCCCCGCUCCGAUCCCGAUCGGCGGGGCUAUGCCACCGAAGAUGACACUCCUCGACCACAGUCAGCUGAUGGUACAAGUGCCGCAGGGACCAGUGGUUGCCACCGUUCAGCAUCCUCAAACACUGGAUGCGCAGCAGCUGCUAAAUGCGUCGUUAAAGCUCAACAACGACCCAUCGCUGUUCGAGGUGCCUUCUAUUGUACAGGACCUUCCCGAGAGUGAACAUACCCACCCGGGUGCCCACCUUCAGGCGUUUGGUGAUUCACCGAAAUCUGUCCCGGAGCCGGUUGUCGCUGGUGGUGUCAUUGGCCCGGCCGACUGGUCGCGCAUCCUCGAUAUCGAGUUGGUGAACGACGGGACAGGGCUAGGCUUCGGUAUAAUCGGUGCCCGGACAACGGGCGUCACCGUGAAGACGAUUCUAGCCGGUGGUGUAGCUGAUCGUGAUGGGCGGUUGAAAAGUGGCGACCAGAUUCUGCAGAUCGGUGACGUGAACUUGCACGAAAUGGUGUCGGAGCAGGUGGCCUCGGUGUUGCGCCAAUCUGGGACACACGUGCAGCUCGUUGUGGCUCGCCCCGUUGAUCCGACCAGCGUUGCUCCAACAACACCGCUCGGUGGUGAAUUUGACCAUUCCGCGAUCGUUCCAACGCUCCUGUUGGCGGAUCCCCUCAAGCUGAAGCAGUAUCUGGCCGAUUCCGGCUUCGGUACCAUCUACAGUGUGUACUCGAUCGCUAAUCUGCUCGACAAGGAUGGCGUUUUGCCCUUCGACAAGGACAGUCCGAUCGAAUUUCCUGAGACGGAAGUUUUUACGGUCGAGCUGCGCAAGGAUCAGAACGGGUUGGGCAUUACGAUCGCCGGAUAUGUGUGUGAGAAGGAAGAGCUAUCGGGAAUCUUUGUGAAAAGCGUGUCUCCCGGCAGUGCGGCUGAUCUGAGUGGUAAAAUUCAGGUGAACGAUCGCAUCAUCGAGGUUGACGGGCAGUCACUGCACGGUUUCUCGAACCAUCAAGCGGUGGACGUACUGAAGCAGAGCGGCCAUGUGGUGUCGCUGUGUCUCGAGCGGUAUCUCCGUGGUCCCAAGUACGAUCAGCUGCAGCAAGCGAUUGCAGCGAACGAGAUGAAACCACCGACACCAGCCACACCACCUCCACCGUUGGGACCAACCGAUCUUUCGAAGUACGGUAGCAACAUUUUGGACAUUUUGCCCCGCGGCAUCGAUAAACCGCAACCGCAGCAACGUACCGUGGAAACACUCAAGGGCGGAGUGGCUUACGAUGGUGAAGAGUCGCUCAAUGGUGGCGAGGAUCCGCUAGAACUCAACGGCCCCGGUGGGCCUGUCGUAAUGGGUCACAAGAAGCUGGCGCGCGCAAAAGACUCGAUUGAAAAUCAAGAGUAUCGAGAGAUGAAAAUGAAGGAAGCGGCCCUCGAUAGUGGCGAGCAAGGAAGCGAAGCAUUGAUGGAAACGAGCAACUUAGUGGCGAUCAAUAAGCAUGGCAAGACGCGCAGCUCGUUGAAGGGACUGCCAGUUAGUGGUGUUGCAGUAACGGCGGAACAGGACGAUGAUGAGACGGCGUACAUUGUCCACAAAUGGACUAACAUUCUUGGUCCCGAGGUGCAAAUUAUUGUGGCCAACAUUCGCAAAUUCGCUGCCUCGAGUGGAUUAGGCAUUUCGCUGGAGGGCACCGUAGACGUGGAAGGUGGCAAGGAGGUGCGUCCCCAUCACUACAUCCGUUCGAUACUGCCCGAGGGACCUGUGGGACAGAAUGGGUUGUUGCGCUCCGGAGAUGAACUUCUGGAGGUGAAUGGACAGCGAUUGUUGGGAAUGAAUCACCUGAAGGUGGUGUCGAUACUGAAGGAGUUGCCGCAGGAUGUGUGUAUGGUUUGUGCUCGUGGCGAUCCGGAUCUGUUGCGUUUCACCGAGGAGCAACUGAUCAGCUCGCUGGAAGCGGAUGCAGCAAAGCGGGCCCAGCAUCAACUGCACGGCAGUCUAACACCGUCGGAACGGCUGGUUAAGGCUAAAUCGGAUGGCAGUCUGGCCACCACCAACGGUGGAUCGAACGAUGGAUUUUCGAAGAUCAAAUCACGGAGCCUCGAACCACUCACGGGAUUGGCAAUGUGGAGCUCCGAGCCACAGAUCAUCGAGUUGAUCAAGGGGGAGCGUGGGCUUGGCUUCUCCAUCCUCGACUAUCAGGAUCCGCUCGAUCCGAACGAUACGUUGAUCGUGAUCCGUUCACUCGUUCCGGGUGGUGUCGCGCAGCUCGACGGUCGUCUCAUUCCCGGUGAUCGGUUGCUGUUCGUGAACGAUACGGUGCUGGAAAAUGCUUCUCUCGAUCAGGCAGUCCAGGCGCUAAAGGGGGCCCCGAAGGGUGUAGUUCGCAUUGGUGUAGCGAAACCGCUGCCCAUGCAGGACUCUUCGCUUGUGGGACCGUUCGAUGAGAAGACGCUCGCUGGGCCCGAUGCUCCCACCAACGGUAGCUCCGUCGGCGGUAGCAAAAUGUUAUCGCUUGCGAAACCGGACAUUAUAAUGGAAUGAGGAUGUUUAGUCAUAAGCAGAAAUGAAUACGAACGCUUUUCGGAACUGUACUUCCGCCUGGACGCACUGCUAGAGCUGAUCGACGGUGCGGCCAACGCCGAACGGUAUGUCGUUUAGUUCAUCCACCCCUUUUCCCCCGCUGCUUACAGCGAAAACACAGAAGAGGAAAUUCAAACCCAAACCUAAUCGAUCGAACUCGAUCGCCGUACGCUUCGCUCUUCCAAUUGGUUACGAGAUUCAGCUUGAAGUUUUACACCCUUUCUUUACAAUUUGUUCUGUUGUGGCGACCAUUCUCCUCCUUAUCAGCAUCUGCCCAACGGCAAUCUGAAUUCGGUAUAUCUUUUGAUUAUGUCUAUGCUUUCUACACGUUCCAUCCAUUUCAUCCGCUAUGCUGCACAAUUCAUUUCAUUCAAAUAGUGUAUUUCCAAUUGUCAGUAUUCUUCACGACAGCAUUACUAUUUUUAACGAUAGACGACGUGCACAAUGUCGCUACCAUCCCAUCUAUCCCUAGGUUCUGAAUGUACCAUUAGGCGCUUAAACAAAACACACAUUCUCAAACAACAUGAGUACAACAUUCUCAAUGUACGUGCUGUACAUACCUUCAACAUUUCAAAAGCAUUUCAAACACAUCGUUGCACACACCUAAGGUGUCUUUGAAAAUUGCAUCGAUGUUAAUAUGAUACACAACCAAGAAAGAAGGAGAAACACAACACAGAUGAGCAAAAAACUAUCAAAGUGCAGUAUAGUAGUACUAUCAUCCUGUUUAUAAUGUUUGCAACACGCAAAAGCACGUACUUUAUCCGUCUUCUUUGUGAUGCACUUAGCAAUUGUUGCCCAUUUGUCGCGGCUUGGGGUUGGCACUUGGGGUUUUUCUCGGCUUGUUUUGUGUCAAAUGAUAUAUGUUUUAUUAAGAUACUACUAAGUUUAAGAUAUUACCAUUUUUGCCUUAGAAUGAUUUUAUUUAGAUAGCCAAAUAUUGUGCUUAUUAGUCAAUCUGUACGGAAUGAAUUUUGUUCUAUUUCGGCAUCCAGCCUUCUCUUGUCGAGUGAUAGGUUACUUAAUCGAAAGUCAAUCAACGGCAGCCACUCAAGUGUUGGCCACUAUAACCGAGCGCAACACAUUCACAUUCCCCAACUCUCUGUCAUGCACCAUCGGUUUAAAUCGCACGAUCACAAAGCAACAUAAAAUGGAACUUCCAAUUAUGGGCUGAGAAGAAUGCACCUUCACUACUGAGGCACCUAAUGUGGCAACAUUCCGGCUGUAUCGGCGUCUCACGAGCACCUCUAUUUUCCGCAUUUUUAAUGUUUAUUCUGCUUUGGCCGUCGUUCACUUCAUUCCGGCAAACCCGGCUCGAGCCGUUCUACGGGAAGGAGCUCAAGGUAACGGUCGACAGGAAAACCUUGCCUCUUCAUUAUUACUGUCUCCAAAUCCUGCACUGAGUUACCUGCUGUACUCCGCACCCCUUGCGCCUCUAGCCUAGCGCGCUCCCAUUCGAUAUUUGCGGAGCUCGCGAAAAUAGAGAUUUUCUUUGCGCAACAAGACCCUUUCGGUUGGUUUCGUUUUCAACGAUUUCUUAGUCUUCUUGAACUGCUGUACGAAACUGUUGAAUUUACAGAACACACCACGAAACAAAUCUUCUCGUUCGUUCUCGCGCGAUCGUAUUGCAAGCCAAACAAGAAAAGCAAUGGUGGAUUAUUGAUUUCUGACUUAUGACGUUAAUUGGACCAGGAAAAAGGAAAACAAAAGAAUCAACAAGCGACAAAAAAGGCAAACGCUGAAGAAAACCUUAAAUGUGACGAAAUGGGAGUAACAAAUUAGAAGCAAAUAGGCAAUAGUCAAUAGCAAGAAUCUCGAUGUGCUUGGUAGAGAUAGAUAUGAACAGAGCGGAAGAGAGAGAAAGAAAAUGGAGAGAGGGAGAUAGAGAGAGAGAGAGAGAGAGAGAGAGAGAGAGAGAGAGAGAGAGAGAGAGAUGGGAAAGAUCAAACGUAGAUAAUCCUAUAGGAAACCGUAAACAUCCGUUUCGUAGGUUAUGAAACGAAAGACAUUGAUCAUUUUCCGUUUUAGUCGCUCCAUCAGAUUUCUUCAGCAUGCCCAUUUCAACUGCGCUGAGAAACAGUUCGCUGUGUACGUCGGUGAAGCCGAUAGCCGAAUGGAAAAGGAAUUUGAUAGUGUUUCCCUACCGAGCUCGUUGAAGACGGUGAAGUGUGUAGAUCCAUCCAUCAGGAGCACGUUGAAACAGAGUAGAAAUGAAUCCUUCGGUGUUUAGAGAAUGUCUUAGAACUGUGCUGUGUGUUUAGAAUCCGGAGGAACAAUAUCCACGUUCUCCAGAGUGCGCGUGUAGCGCGUCUCAAACAGAAAACGUCCUAGCGAGUCAGCGCUCAGCUGCCUAGAUAGUGACUUAGCAAGUGACCAUCUUUCGGACGGUCGAACGUGAUCUUAUUUUUAUUGUAAUCUUCUGUAAUCAGUUGUUACUCGAAGGAAUUAUUGUAUCGCUCCGAGCGUGACGCUAUCUGUGCAGUCCACCAAGGUAUUUCUUUGCGAUUUCUUUCGAUUGUGUCAAUGGAAGGUGAAUGGAUACACAGUGGGCAAACAUUGUUCGCAUAGUAUUUUUUGUACUAAAACGAAUACUUCUGAUUUAAAACUAUCAUUUUUCUUUGCCUAUCACCCAAAAUAUCGAGCACUUCAACUGUUCCUUUUCCCAUGUUCACAUUCAGUGUGUAAGUCCCCAAACCUGGGCGUGUCUCCGCUAAUCCAUUUAUUGCGUAAUCAAUAGUUGAAGCAAACAUUCAGAGACACCCAAACAACACCAACGAUGGUCGUAUUGCGAUCGUCGCACUUAAUAAUGACUAGCGAGAGAAUUUGAUAAAGUCGCUAUGACUUUGUGACGCCACGAAACCCGCCAAUGCCACGGGCUGGAAACGGUUCCACAACCCCUCCACACAGGGCCUACACAGGAAAACGAGUGCGAAAUUGUUUAGAAACACGUUAGAUAUGUUGAUGUUGGUAGAUAAAGCUGAACAGAACAAAAGAAGGUACAGACGGAACGACGACGGAAGACGGCAGAGAAACGGACAAGAUUUUGCCACUAUUUAUGACAGUAGAUUAGAACAUUCCAUCACAAUUGUACUUUACUUUGAUCCGUUGAAUAUACACAAAUAUAUAUUUGUACUUUAUACAUAUUAUGGG